AUGAACAGUACCAUGUCAAAUAACAGUCUUCCUCUCGAAAACAAAGUCGCCAUCGUCACAGGAGGCUCCAGAGGUAUCGGAGCAGGAAUUGCUGAAACAUUGGCAAGCCGUGGUGCCAAGGUUGCUAUUACAUUUACCUCUGAAAGCAGUAAAGAUGCAACGGAACAAUUGGUGAAAAAGAUUAAGGAUUUUGGCACUUCAGCAGACGCCAUCACUAUUCAAGCCGACUUGCGUAACGUUGCAAGUGCUAAGCUAAUCGUCGAUACUACUGUCAAAGCUUUUGGUCCCACCAUCCAUAUUCUCGUCAAUAAUGCCGGAAUUGCAUACGACCGUACUCCUAUAGGAAGUACAUCUGUUGAGGACUACAAUAGUAUCUUUGACGUAAAUGUUCGAGCCGUCUUCUUCAUGGGAGAAGCCGUAGCACCCCAUCUCCCCAAUAAAGGUGGUAGAAUCAUUAACAUAGGAAGUAUUGCAGGUAGAGGAUCAGCUAGCCGAAUCCCUUUGUAUUGUGCAAGCAAGGCUGCUCUUGAAGGGUUCACAAGAUGCUGGGCCGCUGAAUUAGGUCCUAAAGGCCAUACCGUCAAUCAAGUCAAUCCGGGUGCGGUGGAGACAGAUAUGCUAAGGGGAAUAGAUAGCUCAGUAACUAAUGCGUAUAAAGACAUGACUCCUAUGGAAAACCGCUUUGGACAGCCUCAGGAUAUUGCAGACAUUGUAGGGUUUCUUGCUGAAGAAAGCAGCCGAUGGAUCACCGGACAAACAAUUUCAGCUUCUGGCGGUCUCAAAAUGUAUUAA